AUGGAAGCCAGUUUGAAUGAUCAGGACCGACCAUCUUUGCCCCAUCCACUGGAAACGGACUCUCGUACCACGGAUUUAUCGGAUAGCGGCGACUAUCCUCGUCACUUGCCAUGGAUCCGACCAGCUCCGGAGGUGGAGCAUGAAAAGGUGCAUAAUUUGGGUCCUUACACUCAAGUCGAUGACAGCAUUCCUAUGCAAGUAUGGGAUCAUUUACCGGUCCGCGGUGCUUUCUACAUGGUGGUGCGCAAGGAAAAUCUGGUUCAAGCGCGCAUGACCCUCAGGAAUCUUGAAGAUCGAUUCAAUCGGCAUAAGCGCUAUCCCAUUAUUGUACUCGGCAAUCAGUAUUACUCUGACAAAUUUCGAAAAUAUCUAUCCAAAGCGACAGAAUCGCCCAUUUACUUUGGAAAAAUCGAUCCUUUGGUAUGGGAUUAUCCUGGAUGGAUCGAUAUCUCGCAAGCCGAAGAAAGCAUGCAAUUCAUGAGCAUCUACCGAAUACCCAAUGGUGACAGCUUGGCCUUUCGUCAGACAUCCAGAUAUCAUGCUGGAUUUUUCUUUCAUCAUCCUCUGUUUGCCAAUGUUCAGUAUACAUGGCGCAUUGAACCUGGAUCGGUAUAUACUUGCGAAAUGGAGACUGAUCCGUUUCAAUACAUGUACGAUCACAAAAAAGUGCUAGGGUUUACGCAGAGUCAAAAAGAACAUCAAGAUACUAUGCUCAGCUUAUGGUUAUUUACCAUGGAAUUCAUGAAAAAAUCAUCCGAUUUGGUGCUUCCAAGAAACGAGACAAUUAUGCCGUGGAUGGUGGAUGAAAGUAACCACUACAAUCGAUGUGUUCUGUUAUCGCAGUUCCAAAUCGUGGAUCUGUCGUUUUUGCGAUCGACCGCGUACCAAAAGUAUUUUGCCUUUUUAGACCGUAAAGGAGGGUUUUUCUAUGAAAGGUAA